AUGCCGUGUUCUUCUUCUUCUUCUCUCUCUCUCUUCUCCGCUCCUUGCCGUCGUUGCUGUCGAUUCGAAGCUGCCAUCGAUCCUCCUGCCGCCAAUGAAGUCGUGAGCAGCGAGGGUUUCUCUUGGGUCGCCGGAAGCAGGGAGGCGAGACCGGUACCGUUGCUGCUGUCAACAGGGAAUCAGCCCCAACCGUGUCAUUCCUCUCGAUCUCCGUUCCCGUUCCGGUGUAGCGUCGCUGCUACCGUUUCUUGA